AAUUCUCAGAAGCGGGCACAACUCCUCAAAGUCACAACAACAAAAGCAAAAGGACAGCACAAUCCAGUUUGAGCUUGAACCUGGGGCAAAAUGCAUGCAUCCAUGUUCUUCUUAUUCAUGGGAUUGGAGCUUUGCAACUGUUGAUUUUGACUAAAGAAAACAGGAAGCUUCUGCAAACAAUAUUGGACAGCAUUUUGUCCUUAUUGAGACAUGGGAAACACAAUGAAGACGUAACACAGGUGUACAAUAAUUACCCAGAAGAUCUAGGGUCAUCUCUAUACCGAGAGCCAUUUGACUUCAACGCGGAGCCACCUUGGGAUCCUAGCUGAUAGUGGACGAGUUCAUACCAGGACUCAUCCAUUUUGUUGCUAAAGUCUAGGAACCCAGGGGCUCAAGAGGGUGCGAGCAAGUACACUUCGGACUAGCCAAGUUCUUUAUGCCUGUCGGAUUAGAAGAAAACGGUUGAGAGGAUGAAAGGAAUCGCUGAUGAACCGCAGUAUUCUGUCGGUCUGCUGGAGGGAGGCACAGCCCUCUGUGACGUGAUUGACAAUCAUAUUUAUGAACAAACACUGACUGAGAAGAAUGCGUUCUUUGUAGCAGACCUGGGAGUAAUAAUGAGGCAGCAUGUUCGCUGGCGAACCCACAUGGCCCAAAUUAGACCCUACUAUGCUGUCAGAUGCAACAGCAGCCCAGCUGUUAUUGAGGUUCUUGCUGCCCUCGGCGCUGGAUUCAUUUGUACCAACAAGUCCGAGCUUGAGCUGGUGCAGAGCCAUGGUAUCCCCUCUGAAGAUAUCAUCUACAGUGGUGUUUGCAAACAAGUGUCCCAGAUUAAAUACGCUGCUAAAAACGGCAUUGACCUCCUGGUGUGUGAUAAUGAAGCCGAGCUGCGCAAGAUUUCUCGCUGCCACCCCAAUGCCAAGCUGCUGCUACAAGUUUCAACAGAAGCUAACAGCCAGGGCGAUGAGAUGAGCAUGACGUUCGGCUGUUCCCUCAAGGACUGCAGGCACCUGCUGGAGAAGGCCAAGGAGUUGGGUGUGCAGGUGGUGGGAGUCAGGUCUCACAUUUCCAGCUCCUGCGAGGAUGACCAGGUGUACGUUCAUGCCGUAUCUGACGCCCGCUGUGUCUUUGACAUGGGAGAGGAAAUCGGCUUCAACAUGAAUGUCCUUGACAUUGGAGGCGGCUUCAAUGGCUCUGAGUCCCAGCUGGAACUGAUCAAUGCUGCUGUCAUGUCGAUGGUGGACAUAUACUUCCCUCCUUCGACUGGUGUUUCCAUCAUCGCUGAGCCCGGCAGCUUCUUUGUGUCCUCUGCUUUCACUCUGGCCGUGAACAUCAUCUCCAAGGAGGUGGUGGCACGUGAUCGCCAGGACCAGGCACAUGAUGAUCCUUCUCCCAACGAUGAGCCAGAGUUCCAGUACUACAUGAACGAGGGGGUGUAUGGAUCAUUCGCCAGCAAACUCUGUGAAACGCUGAUUCCUGCUCCAUCUGUUCACAAGAACCCUCCCCUGGAUGCUCCGGUGUUCAGCAGCAGCCUGUGGGGUCCCUCUGCAGACGACCUGGACCAGGUGGUGGAGCACUGCCUGCUCCCCGAGCUCAACAUCGGAGACUGGCUGACGUUCUCCCAGGCAGGGGCCUACACCAUGGGAAAGCCCUUCUGCACCCCCACCGACUCACCAGCGCCCCCUGUGUACUACGUGAUCUCCUCCAGGGACUGGUUUGAGAUGCAGGACACUGGAGUCACCCACGAGGCUACACUGAAGAACUUCUCUUUGGUCCCUUAUUUCCUCAAUUCCUGCCACACAGAGGCCGCUCUGUCUGUCCCCGCUUAGCAAUCACCAGACUAGGAAGACUUUCCUUUCCUAGUUUUUGCUGCUAGCUUCCUCUGGUCCACAUUCCACGGGUAUAAAUUGAGCAGAUUUAGCAUUUUACAAACCCCAAUACACAAUAAACUAAGCGAUUAAACACCAAGUAGAUGUUUUAAGUAUGCAACAAAAUGGAUGACUCCUAAAGGACAAAUGCAUUUUUCCCUUUGUUUUGCGCAGUUUACACACAGACACACACAGACACACACACACACACACACACACACAGUAGACGUAUGAUGAUUCUAAGCGAUUAUAUUUAACAAAUCCUCUUAUCUAUGUCUUCAUUGCUUUUGCCAGUCUCGUAAAGUACAAUAUGUAUAGCUGAGUGAAGCCGUGUAUUUAAAUGAAAACACAGUUCUGAGAUGUUGUGGUGUGCUUUGCUACACGAUGUGUAUUUAUGAAUUGAAUUGGUUGUAUAGUUUAUUCUGUUUGACCAGAUCUUGAUUUCCCUUAUAACCUUUAUCACAUGUUGUUCAACUCAGUGUUUCGAAGCUUGCAAAUGAAGGCGUAUUCACUCAUCUGUUUGACUAUGUGAACGAAGCCAGUGUCAUCAUGAAAUCCUCCUGUGUAAUGAUGGUCAGUGCAGUCUCCUCUGGUGAGGUUGACAAGCUGAACUGCUGUUUUUCUAAAAUGCUAAGCGGCUUGCUCCCUGACCCGUAGAAGACCAGCAGGUAACUGAUAUGCGUGGACAUAAUAAAACAGGUUUAUUAUUCAGCACGUGCAGCAGAUGGAACAAAGGAAGUGUUGAUGGAUACAGAAUCAGCUAACAUGAAAUAAGAUCCUUUUUUUUAAACAAAGCAUUUCUGAUGCUAGAGCCGUUUUAUGCUAAUUCUAUCAAUAUUAUGUUUGAAAAUAUUUUUGGGAAACCUAGGACUGCUUUUGAGAGAGUAUUAUUUCCCUAUCUGUGUUUAAGGCAUGAUGAACUAUCGGUGAUCUUCAACAUGAACAGCAAUAAACACCUGGACUGAA